GGUUGCUGUUUUCUCCCAGAGGGCGAGGAGUGAUCCAGUAAAUUAAGAUCUCUCAGUUCUAGACGUGGACAAUGGUGGUACUUCCAUACAGAGAGGAAACGUUACUCUUUGUGUUUUUAAUCGCUACAACAGCGACAUCUGGACUGGGAUCUUGGAUGUUCUUAGGGUUGCAGGCACUGAAUAUUGUCAAAAACCCUCAAGUCUACUUGUUAGGCACUCAGCCGUUGUGUAGUCAACUAACUGGACUGUCCAAAGGUCAGUUUAAACUCUGCUUGCUCUACUACGACCACAUUCCCUACGUAGCCAGAGGAGCCAACUUAGCCAUCAGCGAGUGUCAUUUCCAGUUCCGGAAUAGAAGGUGGAACUGUUCAAAUGUAGCAAACACGUUCGACAAAGUUAUCCAAAUAGCCAGCAGAGAAGCGGCAUUUAUCCAUGCCGUUACUGCUGCCGGGGUCGUCUACAGUAUUGGCCGCGGGUGUCGGGACGGACAACUUGGAGGCUGCGGCUGUAGUCGAGCUGCCAGGCCGCACAACCUGCAUCGCGACUGGGUCUGGGGAGGCUGUGGAGACAACAUUGAGUACGGCUAUCGGUUCGGAGAAGGAUUCGUUGACGUCCGAGAACGAGAAAAGAAGCUCCGCCGAGGAUCCACUCAGCAAGCCCGAAAAUUAAUGAAUCUUCAUAACAACGAAGCUGGCAGAAGA